AUGACAACCACAACUGAGAGCUUAUUAGCCAAAUAUGGCGACCUUUUCGAAAAGGCUACCACUCAUUCAUUGACCAAGGAACUAUGCCUGGGAACCCUGGAGGAUCGUAAACUUUUCAUCUACUUGGCGCAAGAUCUACAAUUCUUCGAAGAAGGUUUGAGACUCAUGUGUAAAAUUGCAUCAUUAGCCCCUGCACCUGAAAGUUUAAUCACACUAGCUCAAAAGAUUGGAUUCUUUGCCAAUGAUGAAAAUACUUAUUUCCGUGAUGCGCUUAAACUUUUAGAGCCUAGUGUCGAUGAAAGUUCCACCCAUUGGAUGAACAACCGUCUACCGCAGGUGGAAACUUACGUGGGUCAAUUGAUCGCCAUGACUCGUGAAAACAACUGGCAAUACCCUCAAUUGAUCACUUACCUAUGGUGUGCAGAGAUCGUAUACUGGCAAUGGGCUCAUAAUCUACCCAGAUCUUCAAAUCUACACUGGAAGCAUCAAACUUGGAUCGAUUUGCACGAUGGCAAACACUUUCAGGAAUGGUGUGAUUUCCUCAGAGAUGAAGUUAACCAGUACCCCUUGAAAGAGGUCGAAUCCACCUUUGAAAAAAUCUUGAAGUUCGAAUACGGGUUUUUCGACUCGUGCUAUAACGCCUAA